AUGGAACGAAAAUGGGUAAAUGAAAGAAUGAAACACUACUAUGGAAAUGAAAUUAAUAGAGGAAAGGUAAAUAUGGAAAAUAUUAAAACCUUAUAUCACAUAUUUUCCAACACAGAAGAAAAGUGUUCUGAUAAUAUCCCAGAGGAAAAUUAUGAACAAAAUAACAUUGACUUGAGCUUUUCUGAAAAAAGUGCAGUAAAAAUAGUACCUCGACAACCUAACGAUACAAUUUUGCGAAAAAAUAAAAUUAACAUUGCUAACGAAACGAAUGGAAACAAGGUCAGUUUUGACAACUUUAAUUAUGCCGACCGAUUUGAUGUAAACACUCAUUCCCAUUUGGAAAAAGUAUUAAAAAAAAAAGGAAAGAAAAAUGAGAGUUUAUUCUAUUCAGGCCUUGAGCUAGCACCGAAAUGGCAAAUUUUACAAAAUAUAAAUGAAUAUGCCACCUGCAUAAACGAGACAAAUGCAAGGCACAAGGAAUUUAAUAUGAACACGAAAAAAGGAUUGUACCCAUGUAGCCAAAACGUAGAACAAUCGAAAGAACAAUAUGUACACAACAGCAGAAGUAGCAGAAGUAGAAGAAGUAGCAGAAGUAGCAGAAGUAGCAGAAGUAGCAGAAGUAGAAGAAGUAGCAGAAGUAGCAGAAGCAGGAGUAGCAGAAACAACUGCUAUAAGAAAAAAAACAACUGUAGUUUCACCAAUGGGGAGAGAUUUGAAGAUUUCGCACUUAUCCAUCUUAACAAUGACACAAAAAUCCAAACUGAAGAAAUAAAACAAGAGAGAAAAAGCUGGAACGAAGAAACAAAAAAUCGCCAGUUUGUAACUUUUUCAGAUGAGGAAUUUUUCCAAGAAUCAUACAGUUCCCCAUAUACCCAAGUAAUAAAUAAAAACCAUGAUAUAAACACUCAUCCUGUAGAAAAUAGCAACACUCACACACUCCUCGAUAUUACUUCCAUACAGAAUAUCCAUAGCGGGAAGGAAAAACAUAUUGUCGAAACCCCAGUGUCACAAUUGUUAAAUUAUGAACAGAAGGAAAAAAAGAACAUAUCGACUGAACUAAGUUGGUCUAAUUCAGAAAUGGAGAAAAAAAAAAAAACACAUAUUAUUGAGAAUCAGUUGCCUAGCACUGUUUUGAAUCCGAAGCGUGAAGAACCCAUUUCAAAUGGCCUCUUUUUCGAUAUAGAAAUGGAAAAAUACAAAAGAAAGAAAGAUCACUUCACUAAUAGACAUAUUCAGCGAGAAGAACAUAAUUGUUUUAUAAGAUUUGAUAACAAAAGGAAUAUUCCAGAUUGUCUCGAUUUUUCUGAAAAUUGCUUCAAUGGGGAACGUUCCACAUCUUUCUGUUUCGAUUCCAACAUUAUCUCAAAGGGUGAAGUAUGUGAAAUGAACAUCUCCAAUGGUGAUAUAUCUGACAAGAGUUUUAGUAGUAAGAUUAUAAUCCAAACCGAUGAAAAGACUUCACUACCUUAUGGAAGCGCUUUCAAUCUAUGCAUCAACUCAGAUGCAACCAAUAAAGCUAAGGAAAUGAGUGACACUCACGGAUUUAUCGACAAUCACGGACGUCCCCUUUGCAAUAAAUUGCACAAUUGCAACAAUUCUUCAGUAGAAGAACAAUUGUACACCAAUUUAAUGCCUCCUGAUAUUAAUUAUUUCCAUAAGAACGAAUCAAAUGAUGCAAAGUUACACAUGAGGAAUAGCACCCUGGUCGAUGUUAUUCCCAACAAUGAGAUCUUUGGACAGCAUCGGCUUCAUUUUAAUGAUUUGGAAUCAAUGAAUAUCCCGAAUAAGAUGGACAAACGAGACGAAGGAAAUAGAAUCUAUGAAUCUGAUUUCUUUCACUUGGACAAUAUAGAUGCAGAACCCAUAUUAAGUAAUAACAUUAUGGAUAAUUCCCAAAUGGAUGAAACUAAGUUAAAACAGGAGUUUAUAAAAAUGAAGGAAAAUUUAUCACUAAUGCAAGGUUCAACAAAGAUUAGAACUUCCCCUCAUGGAGAAGCAAGUCAAGUAUGGCCAACCGACAAAGAACAGUACCACAUCGAUAGUCUUGUCGAUGGUGUCGUUGAGGGGAGGGGUGCUCAACUAAAGAAACCAAACUGUCACGAUAAUCAAUGUGAUUCUGAAAAAAGGACUACCUGGGGGGAAAAUGAAUAUUUUUUUUCAGUUCAAAAUGAUGUGGAAGAUGCACAAUCCAUUAGAUGCAAUGAUUCGAUCGAAAAUGUGUUCAGUCUAAUAGCAGAUGGAGAUGUUGGAACCAGAAAUGGAACAGUGAAGGUGGGAUUCUCAGAAUCGGUGCAUAGUCAAAAGAAUUACAAACAAGAGGAGGAUAAAAAUGUAAAAGAAGGAAUUAUCUAUGAUUAUUAUUUAGUUGAAAAAUUGGAAAUGAAAGAAUCAGAAGAGGCAGAAAAUGGAAGCAAUUCCUUUUUAGAAAUAAUUGAAGAGAUAGAAAAUAUUAGCAAAGAUAUAAUUGGAACAAAUCAGAAUGAUGACAUUGCUGUGGAGAUUCAGUAUGCAAACUUGGAAGAUCAUUGGUGUGAGAAGCAAAUCGGGGUACAUGUGAGGGGUAAGGUCGAAAUGGAUCUCGACCUUAACCCCUCCAUUGAAGUGGCAAUCAGAUCGCCAUCCAAACCGCAAGCCGAAUCACCGGCCAAACCCGGAGGGAACCACAUCUACCCAUUUCCCAAGUACAAACCUCCCAUAGAUGAAAAAAUCGAUGAUGUGUAUGUUUACUUAGACAGCUUGAAUGAACCCAUGAGGAAAGAAGCAGAAAUGUCUAAUGUGCUUUUUUCAUACACGAACAGAAAGGAUGAUUACAUCGAUGGAGUAAUUGAUCUUCAUCUAAAUAUGAAUGCACCAGUUGAGGAAAAUUAUCAAAGUAAGAAACUCAUUGUAGAAAUCAACAAGGGCAACAUAAAAGGGGCUCAUGUUUUAAAUUUCGAUGAAAAAAGAGUUUCUAAAAAUAUAUCAGAAGAGAAAGAUGACAACAAUGGUAACAACAGUGCGUAUAAGAGGCCACUUGCUCUUGAGUCUCUAGGGAACGAAUCAGACAAGGGAAAUCAGAAGGAACUAUGUGAGCGGAUUUACCACAUACUGAUGAGUAAGGAAUAUUUAGAUGUGCUUCCCAUGCUAGAUACAAACGAAUGGCAUGGGAAAGAAGACAUGCUUGAAUACAAGAGGGAAGAGGUGUGUGUACCGUUCUUCCAAACCUACCUACAGAAGACAAAGAAAAUGAACAAAGGUGGAUUCAAGGAAAUGUAUGACUAUAGCGAUUACAUAUACACAUGCAUCAACGAGAUAUACAAAAUGGAUUUUAUUGAGUUUUUUUUUAAGAGUAAUUACAUAGAAAACAUAAAUAAAUAUGUUACAAAGAAAAAUAAACUAAUCAACAACUUAAGUAACGCGAACAAUUUUAUUAACGAUUUUUUUAGAAAAAGAGAAACCAUUCUUACACAAAAUAUUUUUCAUAAAAAUGUUACCUAUCCGAUAUAUUUCUUAAUUUUCACCAAUUUGUUAAUAAAUCUUUGGCAUCAAUUAUUCAUUCAUAUGACAAAAAAGAAACUAAACAAGUUACUGCAUAUAUUAAUUAAACAACUCCGAAGGAAACAAUUGUUACAGUCUUUAAAAAAAAACUACAUCUUUUUGUUCCGCAUUUAUCAAUAUUUGAUUAAACCAACUAUUGAUGAGAAGGAGAAAAAAAAAAUCAUUAAGAGAAUCAAAAAAAGUAAAACUUUCAAAAUGGUAAAAAAAAAUUUGUAUAAAAUUAACACAUUUUGUUUUUACGUACUUUUGUUUUUUAUUCCCCUAUCGGUUCCCCCAUUUGGAAAGGAUGUCAACAUAUUCGACUAUUUCCUUCACACAUUUUUGAAAAAUAUAAACAAGGUUCUUUUGAGGUACAUUAAGGAUUACUCUGAUGAUGACCAAAGAAGUGGGUUACCCCAACCGAAUGGAGUGAAAGAGAUGAACAAAAUGAUGCCUGUGGUUGUGGCUGACAGAGUGGCAUGUUCAUUUGCAAAUUCUGUGCAGGGGGAACUGCAGCCCAGCCAGGACCGAACGGGAGAAACUGAAACGGGAUGCAGUGAUGAACACAUGGAGGCUGUUGAAAUGAGGGAUAGAAAAGUAGAAGGUCAUACAGCGGCAGAUGUAGAGGCAGAUGUAGAGGCAGAUGUAGAGGCAGAUGUAGAGGCAGAUGUAGAGGCAGAUGUAGAGGCAGAUGUAGAGGCAGAUGUAGAGGCAGAUGUAGAGGCAGAUGUAGAGGCAGAUGUAGAGGCAGAUGUAGAGGCAGAUGUAGAGGCAGAUGUAGAGGCAGAUGUAGAGGCAGAUGUAGAGCUAGAUGUAGCGGCAAAUGUAGGGGAAUACGUCCCUCCCGAUGAAUUACCACAAAAUCGCACUAACGAAAACGUACAAGACAUCAUUUGCAGUGUCGUGAAGAGUUCGAAGAAGAAUAUCUACCUCCUGAAAAUAAGGAGCCUCGCACAGAUAUUCCUUUGCUGCUUUGAAAGUGAAGGAAAAGCUUCGACGAACAAUUUGACAACUGUGGUAAGAGAUGUAAAAAUAAACGGAAAACUGGAGCGUAUAGAAAAGGAACUAGAAUCAUACAUCAAAGCAAACAUGCACUUCCAUGGUAUCUUUUUCAACGACAUUAUACCUAUACUUAAUGAACUUACAAAUCUUCUGGAUAAUAUAGAAACAAUAUUUACCUUGUAUAUAAAAUAUAAAAUAAGGAAGAAUAGAAAACUGUUUUACUUUUAUAAUCCAUGGUUGUGCAGUUAUGAUAUUUUCUUGUCAUUUAACCAUUUGGAUGAGCCAAACCCGAGUGCAGAUUUCUUGCACGUAUUAUUUGCACGAGUGGAAACGUUGGAAAAUAAGGGAAGAGAAGAAGAAAAGGGCGAAAAAAGAAGAGGAAAAAAAAGAGAAGAGAUAUACAGAGAGGUCGAUAACACGUUUAAUGAAAUAUCUGACAGUAACGCCAUCGAUAUCCUUGCAUACAUUGGGCAACAGGAUCAGGAGUUGGCACAAAAAAAAUCUCAGAACGAUUUGGACAAGCUGUACAACAUCAAGAGUGUUAAGGAAAUACUGUUGUGGGUAGAAAAGAAAAAAAAAAAAAAAGGAGAGAAGAAAACAAAUGGAGAGAAGCCAACAAAUGGAGAGAAGCCAACAAAUGGAGAGAAGCCAACAAAUGGAGAGAAGCCAACAAAUGGAGAGAAGCAAACAAAUGGAGAGAAGCAAACAAAUGGAGAGAAGCAAACAAAUGGAGAGAAGCAAACAAAUGGAGAGAAGCAAACAAAUGGAGAGAAGCAAACAAAUGGGGAUAAUUUGGAUUACAAGAAAUUAAACAAAUAUUAUUUAUACAUUAUAAAAUUAUGUUACGAUGAAAGGUAUAUAAAAAUAAAUACAAGGGCUUUGAAAUGUUUGUUCCUCAGUUUGUGUUUUAAUUGA